AUGGAGGCACCAAAUGUCCCGGCUACAGCAGACAUAAUUGACGUUGUCACAACCACACAGUCUAUAAACUACACAACGGACAGUGUUUUCUACUUCUAUAAGGAUGAACACCUGACAUUUCUCUACGUGCUGUUUGCUCUGAUUGUAUUCGGUAAUCUGCUGGUUAUCAUAGCUAUAUCUUUGAACAAGACCAGGAACUCUAGGAUGCACAUCUUUAUUCUUAACUUGGCCAUUGCAGAUGUCUCUGUUGGCUUGGUGAAUGUCUUAACAGACAUCGUCUGGAAGAGCACCGUAGACUGGUAUGCAGGAAACGCUGGCUGUAAAAUCAUACGCUAUUGUCAGGGUGUGGUCACCUACGCUUCCACGUAUGCCCUAGUUGCCUUAAGCCUGGACCGUCUCAACGCCAUAGCCAGACCACUAAGUUUCAGCGCUGACAAACGCCGUAUCAAAGUUCUGAUUGGUCUGGCUUGGGCCUUGGCAUUCGUCUUCUCCACCCCCAUGCUGGCCAUCAACAAGCUUAUGCUGGUCAACGACAAGUGGCAAUGUUGGAUACAGUUUCCCGAGCCUUGGUUUUGGAAGCUAUACAUGACCAGCAUCGCCGUUGUCUUGUUUUUCUUCCCCGCCAUCAUUAUUGCCGUCUGCUACAUUAUCAUUGUUAUCAUCAUCUGGAAGAAAACGAUAAUGAGAGGAGCAUCCGUGGAUCACACAACCCAGUACGUCAAAAAAGGGACACCACUCUGCGGGGCCAGGAAAGCUGUCAGGUUACGGGAUUGUGUUUCCAGUUCUAGCGGAGUUAUCCCACGAGCCAAGAUGAAAACCAUUAAAAUGACGCUGGUUAUUGUAUCGGUGUUUGUUUUCUGUUGGUCUCCUUACUUCAUCUACGACCUGCUCAGCGUCUACGAGUUCAUCCCAUCUAGCCAGGAUAUCAUUGCACUGUCCACGUUCAUCCAGAGCUUGGCACCGCUGAAUUCGGUGGCCAAUCCAAUCAUUUACGCCAGCUUCAAUACCAAGACUUGUGUCCAGUUUCUCAG